AUGGCAGAUAUAAAGAUAACACAUACUACAGACAGGAUUCUGCUCACAAGCACAGAUGAGAAGAUACUGCCUUAUGGCGUGUCGAUCACCAAGGCUGAUGGCCUGCACUACAGACUGACAAACAGCGAGCCACUGGUUGGCGAGACGAUCCUCUCGACGACAACCAUCCACGGCUGUCUGAUUGGCGUGAUCAACCUGUUGUCGGGCCGCUACCUGAUGCUGGCCACCGCCACGAGCAAGGUCGCCACGCUGCCCGGCAACCACGACAUCCACCGCGUCGACCAGGUGCAGCUAGUGCCCUUUGUCGCCAACCAGCAGAGCCUCAUCACGAUCCCCGUCUACGACGAGGAGCAGGCUUACCUCGAGAUGCUCAACUGGAUCUUCAAGGUCGAGCUGUUCUUCUUCUCGUUCACCACCGACAUCACGCACACUCGCCAGCGCGCAUUUGAGCAGGCAGCCAGCGCGCAGCAACAGUCCGACGCCCGCUUCUUCUGGAACAGGAGCUACAUCGCCAACCUGGCCGACACAUGCCCCGCCUGGGUCGUGCCAAUCACCAUGGGCUUCGUCGAUCAGAAGUCAUUCGCCUACCAGGGCUCCAACUACCGCCUCACAUUGAUCUCGCGUCGUAACAUGCGUCGUGCUGGUACUCGUUACAACAUGCGUGGUGCCGACCAGCAAGGCAACGUCGCCAACAACGUCGAGACUGAGCAGAUCUUUGAGUUGGUCAACAACAGCGGCAAGGCCAACUACACGUCGUUCGUGCAGAUCCGUGGCUCAGUGCCCCUGCUCUGGUCUCAGUACCCCAACCUGGCAUGGAAGUCCAAGGUAAAGUUCUACCGCUCCGACCAGGACAACACCAAGGCUGUCGCUGGUCACUUUGGCGAGCUUCAGUCACUCUAUGGCGGCAAGACUACCAUCGUCAAUCUGAUCGACAAGAAGGGCGACGAGCUGAGGCUGGGCGAGGCUUACGAGAAGCACGUCGGCCGCAUUGCCCAGACACCCAAGUACGUCUGGUUCGACUUCCACGCCAUCUGCAAGGGCAUGCGUUACGACAAACUCUCACUGCUGAUCGAUCUCAUCAAGGAGGACAUCUCGCGCGACGGCUUCCUCCAGGUUCGCGACGGACAGGUUGUCCAGCGUCAGCAGGGAAUCGUGCGCACCAACUGCAUCGACAACUUGGACCGCACCAACGUCGUCCAGAGUCUGGUGUCGCGCAACUGUCUCGAGCGCCAGCUGGCCGCGCUUGGCGUCGACGUCGGAACCAUCAGCUCGCCCGCCUUCAACGGCGUCUACAAGAACAUGUGGGCCGACCACGCUGACAACGUCAGCACACAGUACUCUGGCACUGGCGCCUUGAAGAACGACUACACCAGAACCGGCAAACGUGGCUUCCCAGGCGUACUCAAGGAUGGCGAGCACUCGGCCGUGCGUUACUACCUCAACAACUUUGUGGACGGCUUCCGCCAGGACGCCUUUGACCUGCUGACCGGCGCCUACAGACUGCAACCGGACGUCCUCAAGCAGCCCAAGCAUCAAUCACAGAUCGUCUGGGUGUUGCUCGUGCUCGUGGCACUCUGUCUUGCCUACUCCUUUGUUGUGCCAUCCACCUCAUCAUCGAUUGUAUCAUUCCUCCUAUUCAUUGUAUACUGGAUUGGAAUCAUCUUCAUUGGUACCAGGUUCCUCAAACAGAAUCACAACCUCAUAAUCGAUCGACCAUCCCUUGUCAACCCUACUGAUGCUUACAACUAA